AUAUGAAACCGGCUUUUGAUAAACUUUGUUUGACCUUCCGAUAAAUUGACAAUAAUUGACAUCUCGCCUUGAUGGUGUUCGCAGUCGGAAGAAUAUUUUGGAAAAAACAUUUACAAAGCAAAACUUUGGUUCAAAAUUUGUGCAUUGCUCAAUACAGAUUACAGUACCACUAUUCAACUGACAAAAAGAUACCGAAGAUGUCUAACAAGACAGCGCUAGUUAUCCUGGCUCAGGGUGCUGAAGAGAUGGAGACAGUCAUCACGGUGGACAUGCUCAGACGAGGUGGUGUGAACGUCAUCCUAGCUGGUUUGGAUGGUAAAGAGCCGGUGCUAUGCUCGAGACAGGUCACUCUCGUACCCGACGUCGCUCUCGCCGAGGCUUAUGCGCAUAAUCCACUGUAUGAUGCCGUGAUAUUACCAGGAGGUCUGGAGGGUUCGGAACGCCUGUCCAAGUCCCCGAUGGUCGGCACCAUACUGAAGAACCAUGAGAUGGCCAACAAGAUCAUUGCUGCUAUAUGUGCUGCCCCAACAGCCUUCGUAGCUCACGGCGUAUGUGCGAACAAGAAGCUGACUUCGUACCCGACUACUAAAGACAAGAUACCGACAGACUGCUACACUUAUGUAGAAGGAAGUAGGGUAGUCGUGGACUGUAAUGUCGUCACUAGCAGGGGCCCCGGAACAGCGUAUUGGUUCGGCUUGGCUCUCAUCGAGCUGCUGGCAGGCAAAGAGAAGGCGGAACAAGUUGAAAAGGGCAUGAUCAUCUCGGGAUAUUAAGAUCUUAAUCGAUAUAUAUCGAUUGUUAUUAAUAUCGACGGAAAUAAUAAUUCGUAGUCAUUUGGUGAGCGAGACAUGUGUUUAGUGCAAAAAAAGUUUUGCGCAAAAAAUUGCGCUAACUGCGCAAAGAUAUUAAGUGCUUUUUAUUGGUAUUAAAGCAUGAUGGUAUGAUAAAGACAGACUUGUAGACAUUUCCGUUGAUAUAAUUUGUCGAUUUUAAAUAUGAUUGUAUAUUCAUAUUAUAAUGCUUAUGUAUAUGAUUGGGGUUAGUUUGUAUCCAAAAAUUGCAUUUAAGUUAUAAAAGUUUUCUCACUAGCUUAGAGCUAUGCUUGGCAAUUUUGAAAAGAUUGCAGUUUUUUUAAGUUCUUUUGUUUUUAUUUGUAUAUGUUUUGAAUAAAGUGUAUAUCCAUCUUUUA